UAAACUGCUAAUUCAUAAAACCCUAAAAAUCUGUUCUUGCGGCGUCUUCUUCUUCCUUCCCCUUUCGAUCCGAACCCUAAUAGCAGGAAAAUGCCUUUCAAGAGGUUCGUUGAGAUUGGGAGAGUCGCACUUGUCAACUAUGGAAGUGACUACGGGAAACUUGUUGUCAUCGUUGACGUCGUCGAUCAGAACCGAGCUCUUGUUGAUGCUCCUGAUAUGGUUCGAACCCAAAUGAAUUUCAAGAGACUUUCAUUAACAGAUAUCAAGAUCGACAUUAAAAGGGUUCCUCAGAAGAAGACUUUAAUUGCUGCUAUGGAGGCUGCUGAUGUCAAGAACAAAUGGGAGAACAGUUCGUGGGGUAGGAAGUUGAUUGUUCAGAAGAGAAGAGCUGCACUAAACGAUUUUGACAGAUUCAAGAUUAUGUUGGCUAAAAUCAAGAGAGCUGGAGUUGUCAGGCAAGAGCUUGCAAAGCUCAAGAAGAGCUCAGUUGCUGCUGCAUAAGAUAAGAUAUUCUAUAGUUUUCAAGAUGACUUUAAGAUUUGUGUUUGUUUCUUUGUUACUUUUUGAACAAUUUGUGGGGUUUUUUGGGGGUGAAACUUGCAGGAACAUGAGCCACAUUAAAUGUUAUUUGUUUCAACUUUGCCAAUUGUUUCUGUAAUUCAGUUAGAAAACAGAGAAAUUUUCAAUUAAUGAGUAUUUGGAAAUGGGUAAUUCUCAUUGAAAAAUUGUUAAAA